ACGCAUUGUGUUUUAUUCACGUCUGGGAGACCAUAAGGAAACCCACAAAAAGGGGGAAGUUACACGUAAAAUAAAUUUAACGUCCAAAGCACUAUAUUUUUAUUAGAGUGAAAAUAACGAACAAUUUGCCCCAAUUGUAACCUGAUAUAUGCUGAACAGCAACUAAGGCUCUCUGGGCCCAAUAAAAAGACGACGAUACAUGCGGUUGAACGAUAAUACCAACCAAGUCUAAUAACGUUAGUUGCUUGAAACAUUAAAUCGAAAUGAAGGUACAAAUAAUCUUAACUUUUUUCAUCCUGCUCUUCUUGAACGCUGCAUCGGAAGCGACAAACGGACGGUUCAUUGAAGCAACAGCGUGUUUGCCUGCUUCAUUUACAACAGCCCAGUACAAUGAAAAACAAACUUUAUUAAUUGUCCUUCUUUCAAUCACACUUGGCAUGUUCUUAAUAGAACUUGGUGGUUUUGUGAGCGGGUUUUCAAUGUUUAAUCAAUCUCAGUCAUUACUAUCAAUAGCAGCACAUGCAGGAGCAUGCGUCUCAUUGUCAUUUUACUUAUUCGAUGCGUGGGAUUGUAACUUGUAUGGUUACAUAUUCGGAUUCUGCAGUGUGUUACCUGCAAUAACAGAGCUGGGAAUAAUUGCUUCAGUGCUGUGCUUCAAAAAAGGGUUUUGAUUGAAAAAAAAGCUUCCUAUUUUAGGUAUCUUUACUGUGGAUGAUAUGGUGCGACUUUUUUCUAAAAGCAGUCUCUUUUAGCAAUUACAUAUGUGCACAAGGGUUUUCAGAUUGCCUUUUAUUAAAUCAACACUGAACACAGUUUCAUUUUCAUAUACGUUGUUAUAAUUAUUACUAAAUAUAUUUUUCAUGC